UUGGAUCGAAUUUGCAGAGAGGUAAUAUAAAUGGGAAUGUUGCAUCUGAUAAAAUAGAUAAAGUAGAGAGAAAAACAGUUAUUAUUGAAAACAACAUUCACAGUUACAGGAAUACAAUUUUUUUCAUCAAGACUGACAGUGCGAAAAUAAAUCAAGAAUUGAAUAUGCCCCGCAAAUUUCUUUUUAUUGCUUUGGCAUUGGCUGUAAUCGUCCAUGUUGUAACUGCGGACAGUCAAUGCCAGAAGGACCGAGCUCAGGCUCUUCAAGACAGAAAAAAUGGGAAAAAGGGAAAUUACGUGCCUCGAUGUAGGAAAAAUGGCGACUACAAAAGAGCUCAGUGCCAACUGUCGAAAGGCGUAUGUUUUUGUGUAAAUCCCAAAACUGGUGAAAGAACGACUGAAGACCAAAAAGGCGGAGCAAAAUGUAGCUCUUCUUAAUUGAUGAAAUGGAAUCAAAAUGUAAAAGUUCAGCAUUUCAAUAAAAAUAAUAAAUAUUGCAAUCUAUCGUGUGAAAUCACGUGGAAA